CUCAUGUUUGCUUGCUUUUUUGAAUUCACCGAGUUAGUUGAGCAGAGCCACCUAUCAAAUGAGCGUAUACAAUGGGCGAACUAAACUAAUAUCCAUUACUUAUUUUUAUUAUUUUGCACUUUGGGCAAAUUUUACUUGUCAUUUGGAGGACUGUGCGGGUUACGUUUGCAACUGUUAGUUUUAAACACUACUUCGCCUAAACAAAAACACUGAUUGUUUAGCUGGUUCGGCAGCCAGCUGAGCUAUUAACGUUAAGUGUUUCUUCAUUUUCCAAAGCGUUUCCAGGACACAUCAGGACAUAUUCAUCUUUCAUACGCCCUUGUUCACUGCUUUCUCACUGGCCUCCAGUUUUUUUUUGGAAAUUCUGGACAGGACUGGGUCACCACCCCUUGUCACAGCGCCAUGGCUGACAGCAGCAUACUUACUUUAGGGCCGGGCCGAAGCAUUCUGGUGGACUCCUCCGUGUAUGACUCCCGGAUGGCCGAGACCUCAAAAGAGCAAUAUUUCAUUGGUCUACACUCAGACGAGACAGAGGGUGUAUUGCCCAGAGUUGAGACCAGGGUGGUGUUGGUUGGGGAGGCCUGCAAAAUGGCAGAACUUGAGAAAGCUCUUCAGGCCAUCACAAUAAUGGAAGUCCCGGUGGUAAAGAUUAAAGAAGGGCAGCCGGGCACAGAAGCGCGUGAGAAAUUGAUAAAAUCUAUAGUCAAUAUGGAUUUAAACACCCCCUGUAUCAAGACUGACAAUGUCUGUGAUUUCGGUGAUGGUGAGAACUGCGAGUUCGAGACGGUGUUUGUGUUGAAAGACUUCCAGGCUCCUGAAUACAGCUUCCUGUACAAGAAUGACAGCCGUAUCCUGGGGCCUCCUGCCGUGAUGCACUGCGCCAACAAGGGAGAGCCUCUACCGUUCUCCUCCAGGCCACUCUACUCGAUGACCAUGCUCAACUUGUCCCUCUGCUUCACUGGUUUUCGUAAAAAAGAUGAAGUGGUUGCUUUGGUUAAUCUUGUCCAUCACAUGGGCGGCACCAUCAGAAAAGACUUUGACAGUGCUAAAGUCACGCACCUCAUCGCCCGCUCAACACAUGGUGAAAAGUACAGGUUGGCAGUGUGUAUGGGCACACCCAUCCUCACCCCUGACUGGAUACGCAAGGCAUGGGAGCACAGAGAUGACAUUAAUUUUCACGCAGGCAACGAGCUGUUCCGCACAGAGUUUAAAGUUCCUCCAUUCCAGGACUGUGUCCUAAGCUUCCUGGGCUUCUCUGAGGAAGAAAAAAACAACAUGGAGGAGAGGACGCAGAAACAUGGUGGACGCUUCCAGGCGGUUGGCGAUGAAAGGUGCACCCACUUGGUUGUUGAGGAGAACUCCAUUAAAGAACUGCCCUUUACUCCCUCAAAAAGACUCUAUGUAGUGAAGCAGGAGUGGUUUUGGGGCAGUAUACAAAUGGAUGCCCGAGCAGGUGAAUCGAUGUACUCUUAUGAAAAGCCGGAAAGUCCUGCCAUGAAGAAAGCUGUGUCUCUGCUGUCUCUCACGACGCCCAACAGUGGCAGAAAACGACGGCGUCUCCGAGAGACAUUGGCUCAGCUUACCAAAGAGACGGAGAUUUCUCCCUUCCCGCCACGCAAGAGACCCUCGGCUGAACACUCACUCUCCAUGGGCUCCCUGCUGGACAUCUCUAACACUCCAGACACCAAAUCCAGUGGAGAGAAUGCCAAAAUCCCCAAAAGCUCAACUCCUGCCCUUCCCAAGCAGUCAGCGCGAUGGCAGGUCUCUAAAGAGCUCUACCAAACCGAGAGCAACUACGUUGAUAUCUUGGCCACGGUCCUGCAGCUCUUCAAAUAUCCGCUGGAGAAAGAGGGGCAGGUGGGCGGCCCCAUUCUGGCUCAGGAAGAGAUCAAGACCAUCUUUGGCAGCAUUCCAGACAUCUAUGAAGUGCACACCAGAAUAAAGGCGGAUCUGGAGGAGCUGGUGAUGAACUGGUCUGAAGAGAGGAGCGUUGGAGACAUUAUCCUGAAAUAUUCUGGAGAGCUGGUGAAGGCCUACCCACCAUUUGUCAACUUCUUUGAGAUGAGCAAAGAGACCAUAGUGAGAUGCGAGAGACAGAAGCCCAGGUUUCAUGCCUUCCUGAAGAUUAAUCAGUCUAAACCUGAGUGUGGCCGUCAGACUCUCGUUGAGCUUUUGAUUCGUCCCGUGCAGAGACUGCCAAGUGUCGCCCUCCUGCUGAAUGAUAUAAAGAAACACACAUCAGAUGACAACCCAGAUAAAUUGACACUUGAAAAGGCCAUCGAGUCUCUCAAGGAAGUGAUGACCCACAUAAAUGAGGAUAAAAGGAAAACAGAAGGACAGAAGCAGAUCUUUGAUGUUGUUUAUGAGGUGGACGGCUGUCCUGCCAACCUGUUAUCGUCACACCGAAGUCUGGUUCACAGGGUGGAGACCAUUGCGCUGGGAGAUAAACCCUGUGAUCGUGGAGAACAUGUCACACUUUUCCUGUUCAACGACUGCUUAGAGAUCGCCAGGAAAAGGCACAAGGUGAUAACAAAUUUUCGGAGUCCAUUGGGUCAGACACGACCACCUGCCCAGCUCAAACACAUCACCCUGAUGCCCCUGUCCCAGAUCAGAAGAGUCCUUGACAUCCAGGACACUGAGGAGUGUCAGAACGCCUUCGCCCUGGUGGUGCGUCCUCCUACAGAACAAGAGAACUUGCUAUUCAGUUUCCAGCUGACGGCUGAAGACACCCUCAAAACUACCUGGCUCAGAACUCUCUGCCGUCAGGUGGCCAAUACGAUCUGUCGAGCUGACGCGGAAGAUCUCAUUCAGAGCACCGAUCCUGACUCGGUCCAAGUGAGCACUAAGGACAUGGACAGCACGCUCAGCCGAGCAUCCAGAGCCAUCAAAAAGACAUCAAAGAAGGUCACACGAGCCUUUUCUUUCACUAAAACCCCCAAGCGUGUGCUUCAGAGGGCUUUUAUGGCCAAUGGUACCCCAGAUGAGAGGAGUCCUUGCCCAGAUGCCGAUCGCAUGAGCCGAAUGUCCAGCAGCUCCACACUGGCUAUGUCUCGUUCUGCCUCUACGUUCAGUCUGACCGGCUCUAUUAAAAGUGCAGUGGUUCAGCGGUCAAACUCUCUGGAUCACGCCCCACGGCCCCGAGUCCCGGUGUGUGUCCGGACGCCGUGCAGUCCAGAGAGAGCUGAUGAACCAGCGGCCCCCAAAAGCCAGCUGAGACCGUCCAUCCUGUCCCUCCCGGCGGUCCAGCCUGUAGCUAAGUGUCGAGAUCUGCUGGCACCUCCAGAGCCGGGGCGCAGGUUACCCGGGUCCCCACGGAGAGAGACCCUCCUUUAGGACUCUUGAAACUGUUCAUUCCCCAUCCAUGAUCAACCUCUCCUCUGCCUUUGAGAGAAAGUACCACACCUUCAGUCGAUCCACUACUCACCUGAUCUGAACUUUGCCUUCUGCACUCUACAGUAUUAUAAUUAAUUGGCACACUAUGGUACCACGUCCGCCCGGCGCCUCUAGCCCAAGCCACCCCCCCAUCCGGGUUUAAUUUACAGGUCUAGGACCCACCAAAUGAAGGACGGCUUGUGUUGAUGUCCACGUCUGGGCGAAUUUAAUUAACAUGGAGAGACAUUUAUAACUGACAUGUUCUGAUUUUAUUAGAUGGUAGAGUUUUCACACGAUUAUUAACCACUGAAUGUAUUACUUCCUCGUGUUUUAUAAGGUAGGCUUAAUCUAAACUAAUCUAGUUUUCAGCUUUUAUAAAGCUACAGACAUCUGGCCGUUGCAUUUAAGCUGCCACAGUAAGGUUUAUAGCGCAACACUGCAUACUUUUAGAAUUGAUUUUUAUUGUUGAUUCAGGGGCAGAGGUUUCUAAAAGUCAAAAGAGUCGUUGCAGUCAGCUUUCCAUAUUUAUUCUCUAGAAUCAGUUUAUGUAAAUCUUUCUAUUUAUGUGUAAAUAUUGUAUGUUUUCUUUUUGUGAUUGUGUCAUACUAAUAGUAGUUUGUCUCCGUUACGUUAGUCUGUGCACUUAUGUGAACAUUUAUUCGUGUGUAAAGGAAAAUUCACUUUUUUUCUGUAAAAGGGAUUCAUAUAAUGUCCUUGCCUACUGCAGAUUUAUUUGGAGUGGGCUGGUUUUAUGUCAUUGGUUUGACUACUUUUGAAGGUGACUUCAUUUAUUCUUUAUCAAUAAAAGAAGCUUAAAGCCUU